GUGCAUGCCGGGCCGUCAGCGGGCGGGCCCGGGUUCCCGUCAUGGCGGCGGCCGCGGCUUCCCGUCUCUGGUUCUGGGCUGCAUUGCUUAUUCCUGUGGCCGCUGUGUACGAAGACCAAGUGGGCAAGUUUGAUUGGAGACAGCAGUAUGUUGGGAAGCUCAAGUUUGCCUCAUUGGAAUUUUCCCCAGGAUCCAAGAAGUUGGUUGUGGCCACAGAGAAGAAUGUGAUUGCAGCAUUAAAUUCUCGGACUGGGGAGAUCUUGUGGCGCCAUGUUGACAAGGGCACGGCGGAAGGGGCUGUGGAUGCCAUGUUACUGUAUGGACAGGAUGCAAUCACUGUGUCCAACGGAGGCCGGAUCAUGCGUUCCUGGGAGACCAACAUCGGGGGCCUGAACUGGGAGAUUACCCUGGACAGUGGCAGUUUCCAGGCACUUGGGCUGGUCGGCCUGCAGGAGUCAGUGAGGUACAUUGCAGUCCUGAAGAAGACCACUCUCGCCCUCCAUCACCUCUCCAGUGGGCACCUGAAGUGGGUGGAACAUCUCCCAGAAAGUGACAGCAUCCGUUACCAGACGGCGUACUCCUACGGCUCUGGGGUGGUGUGGGCGCUCGGUGUUGUUCCCUUCAGCCACGUGAACAUUGUCAAGUUCAACGUGGAAGAUGGAGAGAUUGUGCAGCAGGUCAGGGUUUCGACUCCCUGGCUGCAGAGUCUCACCGGAGCCUGUGGUGUGGUGGAUGAGGCUGUCCUGGUGUGCCCUGACCCAAGUUCACGGUCCCUCCAGACCCUCGCCCUGGAGACGGAGUGGGAGUUGAGGCAGAUCCCACUGCAGUCUCUCGACUUAGAAUUUGCAAGUGGAUUCCAACCCCGGGUCCUGCCCACCCAGCCCCAUCCAGUGGAUCCUUCUCGGGCGCAGUUCUUCCUGCAGUUGUCCCCAAGCCACUAUGCCCUGCUGCACUACCAUAAUGGAGCCCUGAGUCUGCUCAAAAACUUCCCCCAGACUGCCCUAGUGAGCUUUGCCACCACUGGGGAGAAGACGGUGGCUGCAGUCAUGACCUGUCGGAAUGAAGCGCAGAAACCUAGCAGUUCCGAAGAUGGGUCAAUGGGGAGCUUUUCGGAGAAGUCUAGUCCACAGGAUUCGCUGGCUUGCUUCAACCAGACCUACACCAUUAACCUCUACUUGGUGGAGACAGGCCGGCGGCUGCUCGAAACCACCAUCACCUUUAGCCUGGAGCAAAACGGCACUCGGCCUGAGCGGCUGUAUAUCCAGGUGUUUUUGAAGAAGGACGACUCAGUGGGCUACCGGGCCCUGGUACAGACAGAGGAUCACCUGCUACUGUUCCUGCAGCAGCUGGCAGGGAAGGUGGUGUUGUGGAGCCGUGAGGAGUCUCUGGCAGAGGUAGUGUGCCUGGAGAUGGUGGACCUCCCCCUGACUGGGGCGCAGGCUGAGCUGGAAGGAGAAUUUGGCAAGAAAGCAGAUGGCUUGCUGGGGAUGUUCCUGAAACGCCUGUCGUCCCAGCUCAUCCUGCUGCAGGCGUGGACUUCCCACCUCUGGAAAAUGUUCUACGAUGCUCGGAAGCCCCGAAGUCAGAUUAAGAAUGAGAUCAACAUUGACACCCUGGCCAGAGAUGAAUUCAACCUCCAGAAGAUGAUGGUGAUGGUGACAGCCUCAGGCAAGCUCUUUGGCAUUGAGAGCAGCUCUGGCACCAUCCUGUGGAAACAGUAUCUCCCCAAUGUCAAGCCAGAGUCCUCCUUUAAACUGAUGGUGCAGAGAACCACCGCUCACUUCCCCCACCCCCCACAGUGCACCCUGCUUGUAAAGGACAAGGAGACAGGCAUGAGUUCUCUCUAUGUCUUCAAUCCCAUUUUUGGGAAGUGGAGUCAGGUGGCUCCCCCAGUGCUGAAGCGCCCCAUCUUGCAGUCUUUGCUUCUCCCCAUCAUGGAUCAAGACUAUGCCAAGGUGCUGCUGUUGAUAGAUGAUGAGUACAAGGUCACAGCUUUCCCAGCCACUCGGAAUGUCUUGCGACAGCUACAUGAGCUGGCCCCUUCCAUCUUCUUCUAUUUGGUGGAUGCAGAACAGGGGCGGCUGUGUGGAUAUCGACUUCGAAAGGACCUCACCACUGAACUCAGCUGGGAGCUGACCAUCCCCCCAGAAGUACAGCGCAUUGUCAAGGUGAUCGGGAAGCGCAGCAGCGAGCACGUGCACUCCCAGGGCCGCGUGAUGGGGGACCGCAGCGUGCUCUACAAGAGCCUGAACCCCAACCUGCUGGCCGUGGUGACAGAGAGCACAGAUGGACACCACGAGCGCACCUUCAUCGGCAUCUUCCUCGUGGACGGCGUCACUGGGCGCAUCAUCCACUCCUCUGUGCAGAGGAAAGCCAAGGGCCCCGUCCACAUCGUGCACUCUGAGAACUGGGUGGUGUACCAGUACUGGAACACCAAGGCCCGGCGCAAUGAGUUCACCGUGCUGGAACUCUACGAGGGCACCGAGCAGUACAAUGCCACCGCCUUCAGCUCCCUGGACCGUCCCCAGCUGCCCCAGGUCCUCCAGCAGUCCUACAUCUUCCCCUCCUCCAUCAGUGCCAUGGAAGCGACCAUCACCGAGCGGGGCAUCACCAGCCGGCACCUGCUGAUUGGGCUGCCUUCUGGAGCGAUUCUGUCCCUUCCGAAGGCCUUGCUGGAUCCCCGCCGUCCUGAGAUCCCAACAGAACAAAGCAGAGAGGAGAACCUAAUCCCGUAUUCUCCAGAUGUGCAGAUACACGCAGAGCGCUUCAUCAACUAUAACCAGACAGUUUCUCGGAUGCGUGGUAUCUACACCGCUCCCUCAGGCCUGGAGUCCACUUGUUUGGUUGUGGCCUAUGGUCUGGACAUUUACCAAACUCGAGUCUACCCAUCCAAGCAGUUCGAUGUCCUGAAGGACGACUAUGACUACGUGCUAAUCAGCAGUGUCCUCUUUGGCCUGGUUUUUGCCACCAUGAUCACGAAGAGACUGGCACAGGUCAAACUCCUGAAUCGUGCCUGGCGGUAAAGGCCCAGGAUGCACUGCGGGAGAGCAGAGCCAAGGGGAGUGAGGCUCAGCACAGGAGCUCCGGCUGCGGCCCCUCAGGGCGGUGCAGGAUGCGUGUUGGGCACUCAUCUCAGUUACAGCUCGUGAGGAGGAAGGUGGACUGUCGUAGAGACUCCUUUUGGGGCAUGUGUGGUGCAGACUCGUUGGUGGGUGGAGGCUGAACUCACUCUCUCAGCUGAGAAUCUCAGAGCAUCUUGACGGACUUUUCCUCUGAAGUCUAAAGGCCAUUGCCUUGUUUCCUUUCUUUGCCCAUCUCUGAAUGUUGUGAGGGGUUUUUUUUUCCUGUUUUUUUUUUUUAUUUUUAUUUUUUUAUAAGACCUCCAAUGGAUUUUUCUCUUUUCUGAGGCCUGUUCAAAUUGACUUUGGUUUGCCUUGUUUCCCAAGUUUAGCUAGAAGUCCUCCUGUUUCCCUGCUUGCUUCAAAGUCGGAAGGGAACUCUUCCUGACAACUCCGCCUUAUAGGUGCAUUUGCUGGUUCGCGUCUGGGAGAAAGAAGACCCAGCCUUCGCUAAAAUUCGAGGAGGAUCCAGCCUCUCAUGGCUUCUCGCCAAAGUAACUCUGGGUUGUGGAAUCUAUUUGGUGUCAGACUUAUUUUAAUGAAGCCUCUAGUUUAUCAAAAGCCAAGGGUGUCACUAGCAUCUUGGUUUGUGGUCACUGCCCAUGCUCUUCACCUAAGGUGUGUCCGAGGGGAGGCCUUUUUCAUACUACUGAACAGUUUGAACCUUGAAGAGAGGUGUCAAGGGGUGAGAGCACCUGUCCGUUCCACAGUACCUCAUACUCUUCUCACUCACAGGCUGGUCUAGCCAUCACAUAACCUAGUAAGAGAAAGGCGUCCUGCUUAAGAACCUCAUUAUUUAUUUUUAGCUUGAGAUAUAAAUUAAUGUGUGGGUCACUAGAUUUCUCUUAUAAUGAGAUUGUAAAUCUUACGGAUCUUCAAAAAAUGGAAGCAAGGGGUAGGGAUAGGAAAUUGGCAUCUUGUGGUUGAGGCCCUGCUGACUGGCUGGGCUGUUGUCUCUCCUCCAUAUGAAAGAUGUCCUAAAAUUUUUUCCUUGUCCAUGGAUUUGGGGAAUGAUGGGGUUUUUCUUUACUGUGAAUGAUAUAUACAGAGUAGACCUUCACUAGCCCUGUAAGGGGAGAGGCACGCUCAAGUGUCUGAAUAAAGGGAGUGACGAAUGACACUGUUUAAGUCCUUUUUUCUGGUUUAGGAACAUCACUUUGAGGCCUACUUUUGCAUUGAGGGGACAAAAAGCAGUGCAGAAAUGGUUUUUUAAAAAAUGACACUUUUUGUCUUUCUGUGGUCGUAUGCUGAUGGUAGAUGAUGGUAGAUGAUGGCAGAGAAGAAAAAUAAUUUUACUUUAAUAAUAAAAUUGUGAAAUUGAUUUUAA